GGAAUUUUCUACUUUGAAGCAUUAACGGUGGUUUCGGCUCUAGAGUGGGCGUGCGCCCGCCUAACGCGCCCGAAACGACUCGUUAUCUUUUGCGACAAUACCAACGCGGUCAACGUCUUCGACAAACUCAAGGCCGACGAACCGUACAACGACAUUCUCUUCUACUCUAUCCAACUUCGUCAACACUAUGGAGUCGAUCUUCGCGUGGUCUGGAUCAGAAGCGAAGAGAACCCGAUCGCAGAUGCAAUCUCGCGAUUCGAUCUCGGAACAGUACGUCGUCAUGCACCGGGCGCUCGUAUCUUGACAUUUCAACCCCCUCGUCUGCCGCUGGGGGCGGCUGGAUUAUGA